AUGGCGUUCUUUACGCAAAAAGUUUGGGUAGAAUGGAUAGAGCAAGCAUUAGCGAAUGGAGAAUAUAAUUAUCAAGAUUAUAAAAGUCUUUCGGACAUCGAACAAAUCGGAUCAAGUAAAGUUUACAAAGCUCUCAUGAAAAAGGAUGACGCUGAAAUUAUGGUCUCUAUGAAGUUCAUUGGAAAUAAAUUAUCCACAAGAGAAGUUGUAUCUGAGCUCAAAUUAUUAAGGAAGAUUCAUCUUUUUAAUAACGAAAAUAUUUCAAAAUUUUACGGCGUUACCAAAUCAGAAAAUAGUGAUAAAAAAGUUACUGAUCCAUUAAAAUAUAUGGUAAUAUUAGAGUACGGUGAUGGGGGAUCUUUGAGGGAGUACUUGCAAAAUAAUUCGGAAAAUUUACUAUGGGCCGUUAGAUUAAAAUUUGCAAAACAACUUUGUCAUGGCAUCUCAUUUUUACAUGAAAAUAACAUAAUUCAUAGAAACUUGCAUUCUAACAAUAUAAUCAUCAAUCAACACAAUUUAAAAUUAAAAGCAUUAGGGAUUACAUGUAAGAUGUCAGAAUCAUCAAAUGUAUCAACAAAUUUACAGAAUUUUUUGGCUUACGUUGAUCCACAAUAUUUUAAUAUACCAAGUUAUAAGAGUAGCGGGGAUAAACAAGCAAUGUUAACAAAAAAAUCCGAUGUUUAUAGUUUGGGAGUUCUUUUGUGGGAAUUAACUUCUGGAUAUCUGCCAUUUAGCUUGGAAGAACAUUCAGACUUACAAAAAGUGAUCAUGGAAGGACUUCGCGAGAAAGAUAUGGAUGGAAUCGAUAAAGAUUAUAUCGAAAUUUAUAAAAAAUGCUGGCAGUCUGAUCCCAAUGAUCGACCCGAGAUUCAGGAAGUUGUAUCAGCGAUUGAGAAAAUUGAUGGUGGUAUAGAUCCAUCGACGGAGCAGGAUGUUAAAACUACUAAACAAAGGAGAAGAUUUACGAUUACUGUAGAACCUCCCACCCCAGCUCCACCUGCUCCUACCGUCAAAAAACCAGUAAAAUCCUCCCCUGUAAUUAAUAAACCAAUUAAUCCAGCGCCACCGACAGCAUCUCCAAAAAUCGCAAAUAAAAAAUCAAAUUCUACAUUAAUGGUCCCUAAGACGAGAUCGAGGUCAAAAAGUCCAUCGAGAUCGCGUUCUAAAAGUCCAAUGGCAAGGAAUAAAAGUCCUGCACGUCCGGAAAUUAAGGUAAUUAAGGAAGAGGAGGAAGAAGGUGUCACGACGAUCAAAAGCACAGCAAACAAAAUAGAAAGUCCUGGACGUCCGGAAAUUAAGGUAAUUAAGGAAGAAGGUACCACUACGACCGCAAGCACGACAAACAAAGUAAAAAGUCCUGUUACUGUUAAAUCCGAAAAUUCAGCGGUAUCGGCAAUCAUGAUACAAAACGAGAAUUUAACGAGAACCAAAAGUCCCACUUCUAGAUCAAAAUCUCCACUUAACACUUUAAUAAUAUCAGAAAGUCCUAGAUCAUUGAGUCCGGUGAGUUCACUUGACUCAGUGGAGGAACAACCGUUAACUAGACGAUCGAGGCCUAAAAGCAAAAGUCCGUUGAGAAAGAGAUCGCUUAGUCCUUUAGAAGAAGGUAAACCUAGACAAUCAAGACCUAAAUCCAAAAGUCCGUUGAGAAUACUGAAUAGGGCAAAGAGUCCCGAUUUUGCAACAGCAAGACCAAGGCUUCCCAAAAGGUCGGCCUCCGUUUCAAUACCAAAAGGAACCCCAAGACUCCCUCGAAGAACUCAAACGAUGAUGCCACAACCCUCGCCAAAAAUUGUAUCGCCGCCUCGCUCUAUAAGUCCUCCAAAAAAAGUGGCAUAUAAGCCAGUCCAACGUAGAUAUUCCACGAGUUACAUAAAUUCUUCAAUGCAAAUCAAUGCUCAAACUUUUCAAAGUUUGGGAGAAUGUUAUCAUGAUGGUCGUGGCACCAUUAAAAACAAAAGCAAAGCAUUGCAAUAUUUUAAAUUGGCAAGCGAUGGAGGUAACGUUUGUGGUAGGAACAUGUUGGCCUUUUGUUUUGAAAUGGGAUUGGGCGUUGGUUCCGAUCAUAAAAAAGCCUUUUCUUUAUAUAAACAAGCGGCUGAUGCUGGGUAUAAGUUGGCGAAGCAGAAUAUAGCCAAAUGUUAUCAAAAAGGGAUAGGGGUGACAGCGGAUUCUGAAGCUGCCGCUUAUUGGUUAGAGAAAGCUAAUCAGGAAUAA